AGAGAAUUGCCAGUGAUUUGAGCCCUGAAUUUCACUGAGCUUUGAUGUGAUUCUGGUGCCAUGAGUCAAGAAACAACAUCCACUUGGUGAGAGGCAAUCAUUUUCACUGAAGGUGCAGCUGAGCCUUCCCCAGCACUCUGUCACAGCAACCUAUGAGUCGUGUGGAUGUUCUUGCUCUGAAUGCAACUUGGGAGUCCAGCACCUGGACAGAGGAAUAGGCCUCAGCCAGGUCAGGCUGUCUUCAGCUGUAGUGUAGAAAAACAUUUUAUUUUGUUUUCUGGUGUGUGGUGAAUAGAGCUGCCUGCUAGAAGAAAAAGGGAGACCAGGACCGCGGCACUGGUUUCCUCUUACAUGGCUACGGGGUGAUUUUUACCCCCAUUGCAUAGUUCGGGCUGGCUGAAGUGAACAGCCCUGUGGAGGCAGGGUGUGGUGAGUGAUCUCUUGGAUAUGCUCAGCUGACUGGAUUUAUUCUGGACUAGACAGGGCAAGGGUUUGGACAGUGUGCUGUAAGGAGCAGUGUUGCUGCGGAUGACAAAGCCUAGCUGGAUCCUUGCCAUCUGUUCCUAGUCCUGUUGCCGCAGAAUUUUUGCUGGUGAUUUCGACAGGAACGGGACAGUUCUCCACAUCCUUGCAGUAGGCCUUAGCUAUUAGAAAAGCAUGGGGAUCGUGCUGUCUGGCUGAUGGCUUUGGCUGCCCUUUCUUAUCACGUUGGACGUUCUGUUGCUCUGCCUUUGUGUAUACUCCAUCUUGGGAGAAAGAAUAGGAUACUAAUACCAGGCCGUAGCAAGCAGCCUGGCUGAGAGAAGGAAGGCAGGAUGUUCCAGUCCAUGGUGUCUGUGAUGAGAUUCUCCAUGUCUGACAACAUCACACAUUCAACUGCCCUGGUGACAGCACUGGAUAAUGUGACAACUUUGUCCCCGACAAUAACACAGGCAAUCAAUGACACCAACAUCACUGUGCCGCACAAGUGCCUGUUGUUGCUCUAUGAGGACAUUGGGAAGUCCAGAGUCCGCUACUGGGAUCUUCUGCUCCUGGUUCCCAAUGUGCUUUUCUUUAUGUUUCUUCUCUGGAAGCUGCCCUCUGCCAGGGCCAAAAUCCGGGUCACUUCCAGCCCAAUCUUCACUACGUUCUACAUACUAGUAUUUGUGGUGGCUUUAGUUGGUAUUGCCCGUGCUGUUGUCUCCAUGACUGUGAGUGCCUCUGAUGCUGCCACAGUUGCUGAUAAGAUCCUGUGGGAGAUCACAAGGUUCUUCCUUCUGGCGAUUGAACUGAGUGUGGUGAUUCUAGGCCUUGCCUUUGGUCACCUGGAGAGCAAGUCAAGCGUGAAACGUGUGCUGGCAAUCACUACAGUGCUGUCUCUGGCAUAUUCUGUCACCCAGGGCACCCUGGAAAUCCUGUACCCUGAUGCCCAUCUCUCAGCAGAAGACUUCAACAUCUAUGGCCACGGAGGGAGACACUUUUGGCUUGCCAGCUCCUGUUUCUUCUUUCUGGUCUAUUCCUUGGUGGUGAUUCUUCCAAAAACUCCUCUGAAGGACCGGAUUUCUUUGCCCUCCAGGAAGAGUUUUUAUGUUUAUGCUGGAAUCCUGGCACUGCUGAACCUGGUGCAGGGCCUGGGCAGUGCCCUCCUCUGUGUGGAUAUCAUAGAAGGACUGUGCUGUGUUGAUGCUACCACGUUCCUUUACUUCAGCUUCUUUGCACCUCUCAUCUAUGUGGCAUUCCUGAAAGGCUUCUUUGGGUCUGAACCGAAGAUCCUUUUCUCGUACAAAUGUCAGGUGGAUGAACCUGAGGAUGUGGAUGUGCACCUACCCCACCCUUAUGCUGUUGCCAAGAAGGAAGGAAUGGAUUCUGGGUUCUACUCGAGCACUCAAAUUGACACCACAGCCUACCUGGAUGACGUGGCCUCUAUGCCGUAUCAUGUGGGCAGCAUCAACAGCAUAGACAGUGACCGCUGGAAAGCCAUCAAUGCCUAAGGCAGGGCUACCCGCUUCACAUGAUGCCUCAUUCUUUUCCUUCCAAACUCCCUGAUACCACAGCUGUUAGGCUGUCCAUUGGAAAUCUGUCCUUGGCUGUCUGCCAUGGCUUUGCUCUCUUCCUUAAGAUUUCCAAAACCUAUUGUGGAACUAAGUUGGCAGCCCAAAUCCUGUUGGAAAGAACAUUUUCUGUCGCUACCUGAGAACAAUGUAGAAGAGUUUUGUUCAUAAACCUAUAAACACUGAACCUUCCUGAUCCUCUGUGUUCCAGAUGUGAAUAUGACCCAGAAGACAGGCCUGACUGGCACCUCUUCCUUUUUCAAAGACUGAAAGCACUUGUCUGCCAAUUAGGGAAAUGUUGUUUAGGGAUGAGCGUGUUGAUUUGACUGCUGUAUUGUACAUAUAUAGAAAGAGUUUGGUGGUUGAAACCAAAGAUGGUCUUCCUGGGCUUUUUCAAGCAGCAUGGCUGCCUGGGUCUUGUCAUAAUGCAACAGCAUAGGUGGUGACAGCAGUGUCUGAAGAGGGAAGCUGGUCAGCUGGGCUCAUCUCUGGUUUCAGCUAAUACUGAUGAAAAUCAUGAACUGCAGUUGCUAGGGGUUAAAAGGAGUGUUCUGAGCGUGUGGGAUGGAAAAGAGAGGCAUGAAAAGGAAUGAACUGUUCUUUGUGCCCUGGGAGCAUUUUGGGAGGCUAGCAUGGAUGUGAACUGACUGAACAAUAGGGAGACAGAAGGACAGACAGUGCUGCUGUCUAGCUGAGCUGAACUAGCUGUGAAACAGUCUAUGGAGGCUGUACUACCGUGCAUCUGAGCUCACAGGAAAAUCUAAGUAACAACACUGAAUCGGGGCUGAGUUUCAAGAAUAAAACCUGUGAGGUAGGUGCAUUUUCCAUCUGCACACUGCUUCGUGGCUCUGGCAGGGUCUUAGAGUGCUGUGAAGGAAGAAGCUGACUCUGCAGAUGAAAGUUCCAGAGACGUUCAGGUGCUUGAGGCAGAGUAGAAGCCCAUGAUGAGUCUGAGCUGUCAGUAUUCAGUGACUGGAAACUCUCAAACACCAUAGGCGUGCUAGAAUCAAGCUCGCUGGUGUUCUAAGUUGGGAGGCAGGUGGGAGAUGGAUGUGUUUCUCUGGCAGUGUCCUCCUCUUAUGUUGCAGUUCAGAUCCCCAGACUUCUGCUGGUCUGAAUAGGUUUUAUGGCUCGAUAUGUUGAAAGUACUUAUAUGCAUGUGGAGCGUGGUUUAUUUAAAGACUAUCUGGAACUUACUAACCUCUUCCAUGCUGGAAAAGGGACUACUGUUGUCUGAGCUGUCUGGCACGCAGUUUCAAGACAUCGUGUUCCAAUCCAGGGACUGUUCAGCUGAAAGCUGCAUCAGGCUGGUUUCUGGGACAUACUGUGCUCUCCAAGGAUGAAGAGGUGUAUUCCUCUAGCUUUGGGGGUGCUUUCCUAUCCGAGUCCUCCAGGUAGUUGGAGAUCUGCUAUAAGCAAUAGCAACUUUCCAUUAGAGAUGGUAGAAAGAGGGAAUUUAAAACGUUUGGGUACUGUGUGAAUCUCUUGCCCCAACUCACUGCUCUUCCUGAAGAAUACUGAGGUAAGAGUUUCUGGGAAAUCAUCAUGCAGGGUGCAGCAUGGAGGUGUUAUUUUGGAUCAUGAGCAGGUAGGGGAAAGCAUUUGCUACCAGGUGUUCCCACCAUAAGGAAAAAGUUCGGGUAAGAACACAAAGUUCGUAUCGGUUGCCAAAACUAUGCAGGCCCUUUGCUUAUCUUUUUUUUUUUUUUUUUUUUUUUUUUUGUUAAUGAGCAAUGCAGCCUCUCUGUUCUGCCUGUGGACUUUGCCCUGCAGGCCUGUAAGUAGCACUGGCACCUUGAAAACAAACACCCCCCGCCCCCCCCCCUUUUUUUUUUUUUUUUUUUUUAAUUUACUUCUGAGGAAAAAAGGCUUCUGUUUGUGCGAGAGCUGAAUUGUCUCAUGUAGGUCAACAGCCUCUCACAUUUCCCCUCCGUGCAAUGACUAUGUAAGGGCUGGACAAGCAACUGGCCAAGUCAGCCCUUGCCACAUUAGAGAAGUGUUCCAUGCUCCUCCCGUCACUUGCUGUGAAUCGGCCUGAGCCACGCUUGCUUGCUUACUCUGAAAGGGAUGGAUGAUGUGGUGCCUGAAUGUCCUGCUGCUGCUCCUAAUGCUGCUUACAGCACUGAUCCCGAGCUGCUGUUAGAAAGCGUGGGGAAACCUGCAGAGCUUCCCUGGAGUUGGUGGGCCUUGGACAGAGCCAAGAGAUACGAAGGUCUUAAGGCAGUUGAGAAAUAAAGGAGCAACUGUUUUUCCGUCCCAAGGACUUUGUUGACUCUCAACACGCUGACCGAGAGGACUUACCUGCACUCCUUGGUGAUGUGAAGAGCAGGUUAUGAAUUUGCCUUUUUAUCAGCUGAAUUCAGCGCUGAAGGAUCACCUGUGCAGGUGGUCGACAUGUCCAUCCUGUCCUUUGCUGGCAGGACUCCAGUAUUUCUGGAGUGUCUCAUGUUCUGCUGCUGAGGAGCUUCUGCGCUAGGUCAUGGACUGACCUUCCUCCUGUUGUAUUUUUAUGUAUAUAUAAUGCUUUGGGCCAUAUUCAGAAUGGUUCUUGAGCAGAAGUGUGUUAUGGGGGGGGUAAAAAGAGAGAAAAUAUAGAAUAAAUGUAUAUUUUUGUUUGUAAAAUAAAGAAAUAAAGUUAAGUUUGGCAUAAA